GGCAUAUUUCCCUCAUAUUACGAGCCCUGGGGCUACACGCCCGCCGAGUGUACCGUAUUGGGCAUACCGUCGCUCACGUCAAACCUAUCCGGGUUCGGCUGCUUCAUACAGGAGCACGUGGCCGACCCCAUGAGCUACGGUAUCUACAUUGUCGACCGGCGCUAUAAGAGCGCCGAGGAUAGUAUACAACAACUGGCCCAAUACAUGUUCGACUUCGCCUGUCUGUCCCGUCGGCAGCGCAUAAUACAGCGCAACCGUACGGAGCGUUUGAGCGAUCUGUUGGACUGGAAAAAUCUGGGCAUUUAUUACCGAAAGGCACGCCAACUGGCGCUACACCGACUGCGGCCGGAGAUCAUGGAGGAGGACAUGGAGUCGGUGCGGGUGCGCUACCCUCGACCGUUCAGCGAACCGCCCACACCGUCGACCAGUCGGGGCGCGUCGCCCACCUCUAGCCGGGCCACCAGUGAUGACGAGGACGACGACAGCGACGAGCACUCGGACGGCCACGACUCCGACGCCGAGCAACAGAUACUGUCCGCUCCGGAGGGCAAUUGAUUUGGUUAUCCUAUUUUGUUUAGGCAUAAAAGUAGUGUUUAUUUGUUUUGUUCAGUACUCCCGAGCUAUGGUUUGCCCGAUAGGGUGUGUAUACUGUAUACCCCUCCCAACCCCUGCCAUAACCCCCCGAACCCGUAUUUUUUGGUCAUUUUUUAAAAAUGUUUUUAAUUUUUUGAAUUAUUGUUUGGUUUUUAUUUAAAUUGUGUUCAAAAAGAUGUGCUAUUUUUAGAUAGAUUUUUUCCCCAUGUGUCUGUG